CCAAUGUUGAACCUUAAUCACCUAAUAUCUGUUAUAAAUUAUAAUUUCAAGCAUUUUGAUUUAACUAUUGCAAUCAUAAAAUUCAUCAAAAAUUAAUAAGGCUUUUUUUUUUUUUUAGAGCAAUUGAUUAAAUUACAAUUACUUGUAAUCAGAAAAAUUGAUGAUAACUCAUGAUUAUUCAGCAACCUGUGAUUGAUUACAGAUUAUUAUGAUUACUGAUUAUGAUUACUGAUUAUGAUUACUGAUUAUGAUUACUGAUUACGAUUACCCCUUCCCUGGUCAUGUUCAGCUCAUUGCUAUAAAAAUAAUACAAAAUUUGGAACUGGAGUCAUUUAUACACACUUUGGAAGAAAACCCUUAAGACCCUAAAGAAAGAUUUCCUGACCAAAAGGAAGUUCAUUUCUUCCUUAUCCAAAUACCAUGAACAUUUUCCACAUCCUUUAAAAUGGAGUCUUUCUCCAGCGAAAUGUAAGUGCAAUAAAUAAAUAUCUUAAUUUGCUUGUAAAAUGUAAAAUUUAUGGGUGUAUCUUUUAUUUAUAGCAUGAAUAAGAAAACAAAAUGACAAGCAUUCAAUGUUUACAUAUCAAAUUUGACAGACAUCAGGGACUGCAGCACAUGUCUGAGUCUGUGUUUGUGGGACUGUGUGAGAUAGUGGGGACCUCACAACUCGUGGCUAUCAGGAGGGAGACAGUGGACAUCCAUGAGAUGGUGAGGAGACGAGUGACACCUUAUGAUUGGUUUAUUAGGAUGAUGAGCGGAAGUAGGAGGGAAGGGUUCAGACUGAAGGGAUCAGAUAUUGACAUCAUGUACUGGCCAAACGACCACCGAGUGAUCAUGGACAUGUCUCAGGCUGAGUAUUACAACACAGCCAAUACAGCCUUGAUUCUCUCUGACAGUUCUGAGAGUCCACCAGGAUUCACUCUACUUCAGUUACUGACACCAACUACAGACACACCAACUACAACAGACAUGGCCGUCCAUUUAUCAAGUGUCAGAAUAAAGAACAGAGUCUUUAUAUCUAGUUCUAUAUGGAGACAGUUAACUUGUUCAUUAGUUCGUCCCAAUUCUACUGUACAUGGACCUUGUGGUAGUGGUGUUGUAGGAGGAGUAGAAUAUGACACUGCCGUCUGUUUUGUUUGUGACUUUUGGCCUCUGUCUGCCUCCUCAUGGAUAGACAGAUGUCACUCAUGGCCUGAUCCUGAAGUUGUUGAUGACAUUGUCAGAAACGGAUGUCACCUUGUAGCAAUAGGACACCCAUUAGGACCCCAUGAAAAUGAAGAAUGGAGAAUUUCUUUUUCACGGGCAGAAUAUAAACUUGUGUACUCAAUGAACCACUGUCAGUUUUUGACAUAUGGUUUGUUAAAACUUUUCUUAAAAGAAGUUUUAAAUCAACAAUCAGAAGAAACCAAUGAACUGUUGUGUUCCUAUCACAUGAAGACAACAGUUUUCUGGGCGAUUCAACAAAACACACUACCUCACUGGUGUCCACAAAAUCUCCUGGCCGGUUUCUGGGUCUGCUUUAAACUUCUCCUUAAAUGGGUGUAUAAAGGGAUCUGCCCAAACUUUUUCAUCCCACAAAACAACAUGUUUCUGACCAAGGUCCAUGGCUCAGCACAAAACAGAUUGUUCCUACAGUUACAUGAAUUGUACAAGAAAGGUCUGGCCUGUCUGUUACAGAGUUCCUCUAUCCGGUCCUACAUCAUUGAUGUCCUGUACAAUCCCAGACUUUCUAUUUGUACAGAUGAGAGUAUGAUUAGGUCUGAAGUUCAUUAUGAUGAAGAACUUGCCAAAGGGAUUUUUGUUGAAAAUUGCGGUCUUGAGGGUCUUCAGGCUAACGAAAACAUAUGUGGUUUUACCAAAGCCAUCCAUACACUAGAAGAGUUGUUACAUACACCAUUGUCACAAUAUCAAGUUGUUACAUUACAGCACUUAACAGCUCUUGCUUUAGAGAGUACUGCUUUUGUAUUACAUAAUAUGUACACUAACACUGUCAACAAACAGAUGUAUAUUGCAGACAAACAGUCCUGUCACAUGCUCAAAUUAGCAGCCAAGUUUGGGUGUGUAUCUGACAUGUUGUACAUUGCCAUGUAUUAUUACAAGACACUCAGAUACAGGGAAGCUUUAUCUUUUAUAGAGAUGACAAAGGUCAAGUUAGCACAGCCUUAUCUGAUGCAUGAGACACAUGUACACAGAGAGAGGUUUACUGAGGCUGUAGGGGGACAGCCCUGGUCUACAAAGAUCAGACAGGCUGUAGCAAAGGAUAUCAUACUUAACAAAACAAUCUGUUAUAUCAGUGAACUAAUUCCAGAACAAAAGCGUACUGUAUUCAGAUAUACAGCAUUUUUACAGAUCCCAGUGUUUGUUAUGUUACACUUUCUAGAAUUCUUGUGUUACAGACACAUUGAUACAGCAUUAUCACUAGCAGCUCUAGAUGAGCUACAGGUCCUAGUCCACCACGAUCAGGGACGGUAUAUAUGUGAUACAUCCAGAGACAUCUCCUGGGAUAUCCUGGGGAUCUGUCAGCAGAACACAGGGAACCUCCAGGCUGCUCUAUACUCAUACCAACAGUCACUCACACAGGAUCCAUUUCACCAAAUACACACUGCUACACAGAGGAGAAUACAGGACAUAUUUCGGUCAACACAACACCAGUAUACAGAGGAUCUGCCUUUAGAUUGAAAAGCCUAGAUUAACAAAAUCAGGAUGAAUACUUUAAGACAAUAAAGGCAAGGUAACAAUCCCCUAUCAAAAUAGUUCUUGAAUCACUUAUGCCUUGUCCAUCUCUUAGCAGUUUAUCUAACUUUUCUGAAGUUGUUAAAUUUGGGUUUGUUAGCAAUACACCAGGGAAACAGCAAUACAAUUUACUUCUAUGCUUGACCAAUAAUUGAUGACAGUGAAUGUGCUUUGUUUUGAUGUAUAUGUUUCAUUUAUAUUGAUGUUCCUGUUCCAUUUACAUUGAUAUUCUAUAUUUAUUGAUGUUCUGCUCCAUUUGUAUUGAUGUUCAGUUCCAUUUUUAUUGAUGUUCAGUUCCAUUUUUAUUGAUGUUCCUGUUCCAUUUGUAUUGAUGUUCUAUUUUUUAUGCUUCUGUUCAAUUUGUGUUGGUUGUUCCAUUUGUAUUGAUGUUUUGUUUGACAUAUAAGGUUCCUGUAUCGAGUGUUUUAAUGUACCAUUUGUUAUCAUGCACAAUUUUUAUUGAUAUUCCAUUUGUAUUGAUGUUCCUGUUCAAAUUGUAUUGAUGUUCCAUUUGUUUUAAUGUUCUUGUUCUGUUUGUUUUGAUGUACCAUUUGAUAUGAUGUACCAUUUAUAUUGAUGUACUAUUUGUUUUGAUGUUCCAUUUGAUUUGAUGUACCAUUUGUUUAGAUGUUUCAUUUGUUUUGUUGUUCCAUAUGUUUUGAUAUAUGUGGUAGAGUGUUAUUUUUAAUUUGUUUUUAUUUAAAUAAUUAUCAAAUGCAACUAAUAAUUUCUACAAUUCGCGUUUUUGAAUAUCCGCGAUAUUUUGACUUUCCGUAAUUAAUAAAAGCAUACAAUAUU